AUGAGGAGCGAUUCCAGUACGAGAACAGUAUCUCAGCUACUACCCGAGAGACCUAGUAGCAAACCACCACAGCCUCCUCAAAAGUCCCCACAAGUACCUGGUGUCCAAACCCCAGCAACAGUAUUUGAAGAGCACAGAAGCCCUACGAUUCAGAGAGCGCUGUAUCCCGGACUACCUGCGCAUCCUGCAGCCUACAAGAUGCCAGCUUAUCAAUCUGCGCAUCACAACACACGGUCUCUAGAGCAGGCUAAACAACCGGCGUUGUCAUUGUCGAUACCUGGGAAAGCAUAUACUGUCAGAGAAGCCGAGGGCUCCCCUGACUUCGAACUGCUUCCACCACCUCCAGUUAUAGUAUCGACCUCGAGCGAUCGAUGUGAUAGUGACUCAAACAACCGCUCCAGCAGCCAUAGCUUGCUAAAGUACUACGCAAGCGUAGAUAGUGGCUCGCCCGACGACCUCUACUCUGCAACACCCAUCGAAGAGCAGACACAGGUCCGCCGACCGCCACCGGCGGCCAUUACUGUAACGAAGGCGGUCUUUCCGCCGCGCGCAGUACGAACAUCAACAGCGUCAGACGUUUCACGCAGGACCUCCUUCGAGAGCACUGAUCCGGACGAGCCCACUCCGCCGGAUGAAGAGGACAGAAGAUUGACCCCUGUGGUAGAGUCGCCAAUCGCAGCCAUUAGAUAUCCGAAGGUACCUCGAAGCUCCAAUCAGUCAGUGCCCAGAUCACCAAAUUAUCAGGUCUCGCCAAACUCUGUGACCUGGCCUGUAGCCCGGUGGCAGGUGCCCGAUAAACAAGUGUCUUCAAGGCAUUCGCCCUCAUUUAUGGGCUCGAAUUUAGCCGCCAAGCGUAGAGGACCUACGGCUCAACAAGAUCUAGAGCUGGGACUCAAGAUCCACGAUUUAGCGUACGCUUCUCACUCGCGGAAAAAUCCCCAGCAGGCGGCUAGCAUUUCACAGAAGGUCCGCCCAUCCCACAGGCAAGAGAGUCCGUUCAACGGAUAUGGACGCGUUGCGAACAAGCGGGAAUCAGCCUGGCCACUUCCGAACGAAGUGGCAGCAGCAGUCAGAUCGCCUCCGUUACGAAGUCCGUUAUGGGAACCCAAGUUGACUCCGCGACGGCAAGGUGAUGAUCUAUAUCUCAGUGUUUCGAUUGCAACACCACUGGAGGCCCACUUCCGACAAUGA